AUGCCUCCCAAGAAGCAGCAAAAUGCGCCCAGCGGCUCCAAGGUGAAGGAAGACAAGACCUUUGGGAUGAAAAACAAAAAUAAAUCAGCCAAAGUCCAGAAACACAUCGCUCAGAUCCAAGCACAGCAGGCCGUGACCGGUAAAUCUCGUGAGGCACUCGCCAAGGAGAAGGAGAGAGAACUGCGGGAGAAGGCAAAGGCUGAGGAAGAGAAACGAGCAAAGGAACAGGCGGCGCUGCUCAAACCCGUUCAGACACAGAAGGUGCCAUUCGGCGUCGACCCUAAGACAGUCCUGUGUGCAUUCUUUAAGGCAGGCAGUUGCGAGAAGGGAACGAAAUGCAAGUUUAGUCAUGAUCUGAAUGUAGGCCGGAAGGUCGAGAAGAGGAAUCUGUACGAAGACGGUCGCGAAGAGAAGAUGCAAGACACGAUGGACAAAUGGGACGACGAAAAAUUGCAGAGAGUCGUUCUCUCCAAAGCUGGAAACCCUCGGACGACCACUGACAUUGUUUGCAAAUUCUUCAUUGAAGCCAUUGAAACACAAAAAUUCGGCUGGUUCUGGGAAUGUCCAAAUGGGAACAACACUUGCCAGUACCGACAUGCUUUACCUCCUGGAUUUGUCCUCAGGUCGCAGAAAAAGGCUGCUGAUGAUGCGGCGAAAGCCAAUCAAAUCAGUCUGGAGGAAUUCCUUGAGGUUGAGAGACAUAAAUUGGGCUCCAAAUUGACCCCUGUUACUCCGGAAACGUUUGCUGUAUGGAAGAAGACGAGGAUGGACAAGAAGGAUGCCGAAGCCGAAGCAAUUCGCAAAGCCAAAGAACUGCAAAGUUCAGCAGGAAAGAACUCAGGAAUGAGUGGCAGAGACCUGUUCCAAUACAACCCCGAAUGGUUCGAAGACGAGGAAGAAGCUGAGGAGGACGAAUGGGAUCUGGCGAGGUUCCGACGACAGAAAGAAGAGGAGGAUCUCGCCGCCGAAGAAAGACGAAUUGCAGAGUUGCAGAUAUAUGACAGCACAGAUGGCAGCGGAGGCGGUUCUGGCUACUAA